AUGGGGUCCCUGGUUCCCUUGUGCUUUGAUAGUGGUAAUAAUAAAAGGUAAUGUUCACCGAGCACUUACUAUGUGCCAGGCACUAUUACCACUUUUCAUCUCUUAUUUCUUCCCCAAAACAAUUCUGUGAAAGCAGCUGUUGUCAUUCCCAUUUUGCAGAGGAGGUAACUGAGUCACCAGAAGGUUAGACAACUUGCCCAAGGUCAGAUAAUAUUUGGUGGAGCUGGUCCUGGGUACCUGUCCCUCUCUAGCCUCCCUUUUUCUGUCUGUAGAAGGGAGUCACUGGUUCUACAGGCCUUGGGCCCCUGAUGGUGGCUGUGCUAGGAGGUGGGUCAAUUAGGCAGGAGCUAUCCCAGCAAUGCCCCCAGCCCUCACAGGGCCCUAGAGAUCCCUCAGAUCACUGAUUGGCUUCUUCUUCAGGAAGCAUUCCGGGACUCUGGAAGUCCUCAGGUUAGGAGAGGGGAGCCAGCUGCCCCUUCCCGCAUCAUGCUCUCUCCAACCAGCCCCAGCUGAGGAGGAGUCAUCUGUGUUCUGCAGUUUCUAUGGGCACUGGGGAGGUCUUUCCCUCUUGGGUAACCUGGAGUGGUGUCUACUCGUGUCUGGGAUUGGGCUGACAGAAUUUUGAACCUUAGCUCUGCCCCAUUCACAGCUGUGCAAUCCUGGAUAAGCCACUUUUCUUCUCUGUGCCUUGGUUUCUUCGUGAGGCCGUAAUAGGACCCAUGUCUUGGAGUUGCUUGCGAGUGUUUGUGUGCACCAAGCCAUCCCUCCUGGUAGCAGAAGAGUCUGGGCCAGAAUCUGGGCCAGCUGGGUGGUGGGGUGGGCUAAACCUACAGGUGGAGGGAAACACCCCAGGGACAAGUGUCUUCCCCCACCCCAGGAGUCUGUGCACCUGCAAGGUCGUUAGUGCUGGAAACCACAAGGAAGUCAUUUGCUUAAGUCCUGAAGUUUGCAAAUUCUGCUGGUAGAGGGAGGAAGGGAGGCUGGAAAGCAGGGGCUGGGGAUCCUGUCCUCCUACCUUCUCUAACUCCUCCCUCCUCAGAGCUGGGGGAUGGGCCUCAGCAGUGCUGAGUCUGCCAGCUGGGAAUGCCCCAUACACACAGAACACAGCCUCUCCCAACCCCAGUGAACAGAUGUGUCCUCUGAAACCCCAACAGGGGAGUGCACAGGAGGCCCCUGGCCCAGCACCUCUCGAGAGUGUGCCCUUCCCAGCAGGUCCCAGAGGUGCCCAGGACUCCAUUUCUUUGGGGGGCUUUCUACAUCCUUUCAGUUUAUUUUUUGAAUAAAAAUGUACACACAGUACAACAUUCAAAGGGUUAAAAGGUACAGUAAAGUCUUCCCAGACCUGUCCAGCCACCCAGUAUUCCCAGGGUCUUGUGUCUCCUUCCCAAGGUAUGCUGGGUACAUACUCCUUUGGACCCUUAUGAUCUUUUUCACACAAAAGGGAGUGGAUCGUGAGUGCUGUUCUGCCCCUGCUUUCCACGUGAUAAUCACUCUCGGAGAUGGUGCCUUGUGGAGCAUCCUGGGGCUUCCUAGUAGCUAUGCAGGGUUUCAUGUGGCUCUUCCGGUAUUUCUUCACCUGGCUUUUGGAGGGCACUGCGAUUGUUCAUAGCCUCUCCUGUCACACGUCACAAGGCAUAUUGUUGUCCCCACAUCACUUCACACACUUGUCAAUAUUGCCAAAGGAUACAUUCCUAGAAGCGGAGUUGCUGCAUAAAACAGCAUGUGUACUUUAUAUUUUGACAGCUAUUGCUGAAUUGUUCUCCAUAAAGUUGCACCUGUUGACCUGCCUGUUUCGUCACCCCUGCACCAUUGCCAUGCAUCACCAGACAUUUUGAUCUGUGCCAAUCUGAUGGAAAAGUGUCCUCUCAUAGUUUUACUUUGCAUUUCUCUGGUUACCAGUCAUGUUGGGCAUUUUUCCAUGUAUUUUGGAGCCAUUUGAUUUUCUUGUGUCCGUGAAUGGGCUGCCCAUCACCUUUGCUGGAUGUGAGCCAAGAGCUCCCAACUGAAGAAGGGAAGUCCCUGUGGGAGCUGGUGCUGGAGCAGUUUGAAGACCUCCUGGUGCGCAUCCUGCUGUUGGCUGCCCUGGUCUCCUUCGUCCUGGCCUGGUUUGAGGAGGGCGAGGAGACCACAACAGCCUUCGUGGAGCCUCUGGUCAUCAUGCUGAUCCUCGUGGCCAAUGCCAUCGUGGGCGUAUGGCAGGAACGCAAUGCUGAGAGUGCCAUUGAGGCCCUGAAAGAGUAUGAGCCUGAGAUGGGUAAGGUGAUCCGCUCGGACCGCAAGGGCGUGCAGAGGGUCCGCGCCCGGGACAUCGUCCCUGGAGACAUCGUGGAAGUAGCAGUGGGAGACAAAGUGCCCGCUGACCUCCGCCUCCUCGAGAUCAAGUCCACCACUCUGAGAGUGGACCAGUCCAUCCUGACAGGUGAAUCCGUGUCUGUGACCAAACACACAGAUGCUAUCCUGGAUCCCAGAGCUGUGAACCAGGACAAGAAGAACAUGCUAUUCUCUGGUACCAACAUCGCAUCGGGCAAGGCACUGGGGGUGGCAGUGGCCACAGGCCUGCACACAGAGCUGGGUAAGAUCCGGAGUCAGAUGGCGGCAGUGGAGCCAGAGCGGACACCGCUGCAGCACAAGCUGGAUGAGUUCGGGCGGCAGCUGUCCCGUGCCAUCUCUGUGAUCUGUGUGGCCGUGUGGGUCAUCAACAUCAGCCACUUCGCUGACCCAGCCCAUGGUGGCUCCUGGCUUCGUGGUGCCGUCUACUACUUCAAGAUUGCCGUGGCUCUGGCUGUGGCUGCCAUCCCUGAGGGCCUCCCAGCUGUUAUCACUACAUGCCUGGCUCUGGGCACACGGCGCAUGGCACGCAAGAAUGCCAUUGUGCGGAGUCUGCCCUCUGUGGAGACGCUGGGCUGCACCUCGGUCAUCUGCUCUGACAAGACAGGCACACUCACCACCAAUCAGAUGUCUGUCUGCCGGAUGUUCGUGGUAGCCGAAGCUGAAGCAAGCUCCUGCCGUUUGCACGAGUUCACCAUCUCCGGCACCACUUACGCCCCGGAGGGCGAAGUGAGGCAGGCGGAGCAGCUUGUGCGCUGUGGGCAGUUCGAUGGGCUGGUGGAGCUGGCGACAAUCUGUGCCCUGUGCAACGACUCAGCGCUGGACUACAAUGAGGCUAAGGGCGUAUAUGAGAAGGUGGGAGAGGCCACGGAGACAGCUCUGACUUGCCUGGUGGAGAAAAUGAACGUGUUUGACACCAACCUCCAGGCCCUGUCCCGAGUGGAACGAGCCAGUGCCUGCAAUGCGGUCAUCAAGCAGCUGAUGCGGAAGGAGUUUACUUUGGAGUUCUCCCGGGACCGGAAGUCCAUGUCAGUGUACUGCACGCCCACUCGCCCUGGCCUGGCAGCCCAGGGCAGCAAGAUGUUUGUGAAGGGGGCUCCUGAGAGUGUGAUCGAGCGCUGCAGCUCAGUCCGAGUGGGAAGCCGCACAGUACCCCUGAACGCCACCUCCAGGGAGCAGAUCCUCGCCAAGAUCCGGGAUUGGGGCUCCGGCUCAGACACACUGCGUUGCCUGGCACUGGCCACUCGGGAUGCACCCCCAAGGAAGGAGGACAUGCAGCUGGAUGACUGCGGCAAAUUUGCGCAGUACGAGAUGGACCUGACUUUUGUGGGCUGCGUGGGCAUGCUGGACCCUCCAAGGCCCGAGGUGGCUGCUUGCAUCGCACGCUGCCACCAGGCCGGCAUCCGUGUGGUCAUGAUCACAGGGGACAACAAAGGCACAGCUGUGGCCAUCUGCCGCCGGCUUGGCAUCUUCAAGGACACAGAGGAUGUGGUGGGCAAGGCCUACACGGGUCGCGAAUUCGAUGACCUCAGCCCUGAGCAGCAACGCCAGGCCUGCCGCACAGCGUGCUGCUUCGCCCGUGUGGAACCUGCACACAAGUCCCGAAUUGUAGAGAACCUACAGUCCUUCAAUGAGAUCACCGCCAUGACUGGAGACGGGGUGAAUGAUGCCCCGGCUCUGAAGAAAGCAGAGAUUGGCAUUGCCAUGGGCUCCGGCACAGCUGUGGCCAAGUCGGCAGCUGAGAUGGUGCUGUCAGAUGACAACUUUGCCUCAAUUGUGGCUGCAGUGGAGGAGGGCCGGGCCAUCUACAACAACAUGAAGCAAUUCAUCCGCUACCUCAUCUCCUCCAAUGUCGGCGAGGUUGUCUGCAUCUUCCUCACGGCAAUUCUGGGCCUGCCGGAAGCCCUGAUCCCUGUGCAGCUGCUCUGGGUGAACCUGGUGACGGAUGGCUUACCUGCCACAGCCCUGGGUUUCAACCCACCAGACCUGGACAUCAUGGAGAAGCUGCCCCGGAACCCUCGUGAGGCCCUCAUCAGUGGCUGGCUCUUUUUUCGAUAUCUGGCUAUUGGAGUGUACGUAGGCCUGGCCACGGUGGCUGCCGCCACCUGGUGGUUCCUAUAUGAUGCCGAGGGACCUCACGUCACCUUCUACCAGCUGAGGAACUUCCUGAAGUGCUCCGAGGACAACCCACUCUUUGCUGACAUUGACUGCGAGGUCUUCGAGUCACGCUUCCCCACAACCAUGGCCUUGUCUGUGCUGGUGACCAUUGAAAUGUGCAAUGCCCUCAACAGUGUCUCGGAGAACCAGUCGCUGCUGCGGAUGCCACCCUGGCUGAACCCUUGGCUGCUGGCAGCUGUGGCCAUGUCCAUGGCCCUGCACUUCCUCAUCCUGCUGGUGCCACCCCUGCCCCUUAUUUUCCAGGUGACCCCACUGAGUGGGCGCCAGUGGGUAGUGGUGCUCCAGAUAUCUCUGCCUGUCAUCCUGCUUGAUGAGGCCCUCAAGUACCUGUCCCGGAACCACGUGGAUGAAGAAAAGGACAAGAAGUGAGUGCUGGGAACAGAGUGGAGUCUCCAGUGCGUACCUCAGCCUGAUGAUGCCCAAGCGUUCACUCCUACUCCCCACACUGCCGUCACGCUCACCGCUUGCUCACUGGGCCCUGCCGAGGGUCUCUGUCCUUGCUUCCAUAUGCAUGGGGGCUGUGCAACUCAUGCCUCUGGGACUCUCCUGGGAAGUUCACCCCUGACGUUCCGGCUCCAGAGCAGCAGCCUAGGAGGGGCCUGCCCAGAAGCCAGAGCUGGAAGCAGAUCCAGACAUGCAGAGGCCUCUACCCCCAAAUCUAUGAGCACAUUCUGGAGCAGGCACCCCCUUGCUUGGAGGCUGGGCAUUUUACUUGGUCACUGGUGCUUCUGUACUGAUGGAGGACUCCUGGAGUUCCUGCUAGCUCUGACCUCUCACUUAGUGCCUGGUCUGGGGCCUGGUCAGCGGGACGGGGGGCGGUGAAGGGGAGGACAUCUGGGCCCAGCUGUGCACAGUGAGGGCAGACAACCCCCCUCCACUUUGCUCUUUUCCCACAAAGUUGGCACGUGAGGGUUUGAGCCUCUUACUGUUUAUAUGUGCAGGGGGUUGAAGGGUCAGUGGGAGGGAGAUGGUAGUGGGGGGGGGGGGUUGCUGGGUAAGGAUCCCCUUCCCAGGAGACAGCUGGCUUGGCUGCCUCAGUUCUGGACACUCCCAGACUGAGAUUUCCCUGUCCUAAGCAAAUGAGACAUGCCAAGUCUCGUUGCUGUCCAGUCUGCCAAGCAGAGGCUGGAUUUGCCCUCCAUGUCCCUGGUGCCUAAGACCCCAGACAUCCUUGGGUACCUGAUCACUGUGCCCUCUCAGCUCAACCCUGUGUGCACCAUCCCACAGUCUGCAUGGCUGGGUGAUUCUGAGUCUUCUAGACUCUUGGCCUCACUCUUCACCUCCAACCCCACAUAUCCGUGAGCUGAAAGGAUGUCACUAAGAAUGGCUAGUUACCCAACAGCACUUACUCUCCCUCCCUCAUUGCUGGAAGAAUGUGUGUCCAUUGUGGAUCAUGUUGGAUGAUGGGAAAAGAGCGUUUGAUGGACAUAAAUGUUCUUUUAAUUCGGCUCUUGCCCCUCUGGCGAAAAUUAGGCAUGGAAGAAAACAGUGGGUCAAUGUACAUCCUCACCCCUCCUGGAGAGUAUACCAAGUGAUUCUUUUAUGUGUAAAUCAAGACUCACAUCCCUGUCCUGGUCCCCAGAAUCAAAAAGCCCCCUUAGCCUGCCUUGCAGACAAAUGGGCUCCAGGCUCUGUGGCCUCUUACCACACCUUUCUUCCCUCCCCUCUCUUAGUCAGGCGGGGCUCCCCUGGGCACUAGCCCACAGAGAUUCUCUGCUUCUGUCCUGCUGAAGGGAAGGGAGAUCUUGAGGUGGGGGAUGGUGGGAGGGCCCUGAACCCACCUGUUGACGUGAAGUUGGUAGAGAAAUAAAGGCUGAGUGCCGGGGGCAA